AUGACAUUUGCAACGCUUCAGAGUCCCAAAGCCCCGAUUUAAUAGGUGUUCUUUCUGCCAACCCUUUUCUUUUAUCUUCACUCACUAGCGUAAAGUGGGUACCCAGAACCUUGUCUUCCACACACACAGCAACUGCCCUCCAGCUCAUUCUUCUUCAUGCGCAGAACUUCAACCCAUCAAACGCCUCACCGUGGACAAGCAAACUUGUAUCGCGCAACCAACAAACGAACGCCGGUAAAUAAGGCGCAGCAGUUGUCACACCCAAGGACAAAUACUGCAUAUCCUCCUCUUUCAUCACGUGCGCUCUUCGAUCCUUUCGCCGGCUAGUUGCUACACGAACACAGCUCCGAGUCGAAAACCAUUAUUCACACAUCCGACACACCCAACCCGAGGGUUAUCGAGACACAUAACUAGGCAUAGUCUCUCCAUUAACUCCGAUACAAAGACUGGCGAAAUGGCGGCACGAAAACUGCAACAAGAAGUGGACAAGUGCUUCAAAAAGGUGGCGGAAGGCGUAGCUGAAUUCGAAGCCAUCUACGAAAAGAUUGAACAGUCCAAUAAUAUCUCCCAAAAGGAGAAGCUGGAAGACAACCUCAAGCGCGAAAUCAAGAAGCUACAGAGGCUUCGCGAUCAGAUCAAGACAUGGGCAGCAAGCAACGACAUCAAGGACAAGGCUCCUUUACUUGAGCACCGCCGACUGAUCGAGACGCAAAUGGAGAAGUUCAAGGCGGUCGAGAAGGCCAUGAAGACGAAGGCAUACUCCAAGGAAGGGUUGGCCUCUUCAGCGAAGCUCGAUCCCCAAGAACAGGCAAAGGCGGAAGCAAGCGAUUUCCUCAACAACAUGGUCGACGAGCUGGAGCAACAAAUCGAGACUCUGGAGGCCGAAGCCGAGGCGAUACAGGCGACUAUGAAGAAGGGCAAGAGCCAGACUGCCAAGGCGGAACGAAUGGCCGAGAUUGAACGCAUCAUCGAGCGGCAUAAGUGGCAUCAGGGCAAGCUCGAGCUUAUUCGAAGGUCUUUGGAGAAUGGCGGAGUCGAUACCGAUCAGGUUACAGACCUUGAGGAGACGAUUCGGUACUAUGUCUCGGACGGCAUGAACGAUGACUUCAUCGAGGACGAAGAGAUGUACGAGGAGCUCAACCUGGACGAGGAGGAGGGCGUGUACGGCGUUCCCCAAGAUGGCGACAAGAACUCCUCGCAAGACACCCAGUCUUUGGCGGACGAACCCAUACCGGAACCCGAUGUUGUGAAGCCUCCUCCGAAGCCAAAGGCGGUGGCGGAAGCAUCUGCAUCAGGGCGGAGGUCUAGUGCGCAAUCCAAGUCCCCUCUACCCGCGCUCGCAACUUUGCAUACCCCAUUACAGACUAUCAGCAGCAAUGGCGCUGCAAAUGGACCGGCUAUGAAGCCGGCCAUCGUCCCCGCGAGGCCAGCCGAGGGCCUGAAAUACGCGUCGGCAGCGGCGGCUGCGGCGGCAUCAGACAAGAUCGGCAUUUCUCCCUUGCCACCUCCACCAGGCGCUGCACCGAUCAAUUCAGGAACCCCGGCUACGCAAUCCAAGAGCAGCGCUGCAGGCUCUCCAGCGCCCACGCCGGUACAUCCUGUUGCGGCGAAGGAACCAGAACCCAAACAGCCUGCAGCGCCCUCAAGCAGCGCAAGCGAAACUCCGGCGACAGUUGCGAAGCCAACACCGGCUCAAACCAAGGCGGAGAAACGUGCGCUCAAGAACCAAGCUGCGGCGGAGGCAUCGGCAGCAGUCAAGGCACCUCAAACAAACGGUGGUGCAAAUGGUGUAAGGUCGUCUGUAGAGGAGGAAGAGGAGUCGAUAUACCACCUUCCCUCUUCCCUGCAAGACCUUGUCGAGUCUUUCGAGGUGUCUCGUAAGCGGCCAGCGCCCUUCUCUUCGCCUUCAACGCAACGCAUGCUUCAGGCAAGCCAGGCCAUGUGCCCUGACAUCAUGGACACGGACGUGCCCAGGACCUACCGUCCUGAGCUGCGUCUGAACUCAACCGGCGUGGGCUUUCCCCAGGAGCCGCUCGCACUGUUCGACGACCCGCGAUUGUACUCGCGGAUCGACCCCGACACACUCUUCUACGUCUUCUACUACAAGCAGGGCACGCCUCAGCAAUAUCUGGCUGCCAAGGCACUGAAGGACCAGAGUUGGAGGUUCCAUAAGCAAUACCAGACCUGGUUCCAGCGCCACGAGGAACCCAAGAACAUCACCGAGGAGUUCGAGCAGGGCACCUACCGUUUCUUCGACUACGAGAGCACUUGGAUGAACCGCAGAAAGGCGGACUUCAAGUUCGCGUACAAAUUCCUAGAGGACGAUGUAUGAAUAGGCGACGAUUGACACAGGGUUUUCAUGCCAGGCGUAGCCUCGGAUUGCGAUGGGGGGGGGGGGGGGGCUCGAACCAUGGGUAUCGGGCGGAACGGCGUUGCCUCUUUUUUUUUCUUUUUUUUUU